UUCCUUUCUCGCCCGAUGACUAUGGCGGCCACUGCAAUUGAGGAUGCUCGCAUACGCGAGGCAAUGGAAUAUUAUCUCCUAAACCUGGAGGGUACGGUGCCCCAAAACACAGUCAAAACCUACAAGCCUAAACAGCAAGAGUGGAAGGUCAGCUGGUCCCCUUCCUGGUACGACUCUCAAUCCCAUUUCUGAUACUACGAUAGGAUUGGUGCUUCAAGCAUUGGGACCCGAUUCCUGAGGAUUGGGCCGUUAGACAGUCGACCUGGCCGCUAGGGCGACCGCUCCCCGGCGAUCUUGUCGACGAAGGCAAGCUGCUCCUUUUUAUGAAGACGGAAGUUGUAAGCCGAGCCCCCCGGAAAGGGCACCGCCUUGAGAAGCAGAGGAAACGCCGCCUAGACGCUGCUGUGGCCGUAGGACAAGCUGCCGCCGCCAAACGGCAACGGCGUGAUGAAAGUAGCGCUCCCUAGCCGGUUGGCUGGGUAACCAGCUCUGUGCUCCCCCGCUAAGCCUUUGAGUAGGCGAGACCAUUGAAGUUGCCACUACUCCGGCGCCUGCGGCGGUAGCGACCAAGUUCGAGGAGGACGACAACGAGCCCCUGAUCGCCGCCCCGGCUCUCGAACUCGCCUAUAACUCUGUACGCACCUACAUCG